AUGGUGCAGAACGCUCCCCACGCUGCGCUGUUCUUGCUCGUCGCCUUGGUUGCCCCAGCGGCUUCGGCCAUCCCGGACGGCCUGCUGCCGAACGGCAACUUCGAGGAGACACCGGCGAAAUCGCAGCUCAACGGCACGCGGGUGAUGGGGCGCUACGCGAUCCCGCACUGGGAGAUCUCCGGGUUCGUGGAGUACAUCGGGCCCGGCCAGAAGCAGGGGGACAUGAUCCUCCCGGUGCCGGAGGGCGCCUACGCCGUGCGGCUGGGGAACGAGGCCUCCAUCCGGCAGCGGCUCGCCGUGACGCGGGGCGCGCGCUACUCCGUCACCUUCAGCGCGGCGCGCACCUGCGCCCAGGCCGAGGAGCUCAACGUGACGGUCGCCCCCGAGUCGGACAUACUCCCCAUCCAGACGGUCUACACGAGCAGUGGCUGGGACUCCUACUCCUGGGCCUUCAAGGCUAGGCACAGCGCCGUGACGCUCAUCGUCCACAACCCCGGUGUCACUGAAGACCCCGCCUGCGGCCCCCUCCUCGACGCGUUUGCCAUCAAGACUCUCCACCCUCCUGCGCUCACCAAAGAUAACAUGCUCCGGAACGGGGACUUCGAGGAGGGUCCGUACAUCUUCCCCGACGUGCCGUGGUGGGUGCUGGUGCCGCCACUGGACGAGGACGACUACUCGCCGUUGUCUCCAUGGAUGGUCCUGUCGACGACCAAGUCCGUCAAGUACCUGGACGCGGCGCACUACACCGUGCCGCACGGCGCGCACGCCGUGGAGCUGCUGUCCGGCGUGGAGACCGCACUGGUGCAGGACGUGGCCACCGUGGUCGGGCGGCCGUACAGGCUCGAGUUCUCCACCGGGGACGCCGGGGACGGGUGCGCGGGCUCGUUGUUCGUGCGGGCCUACGCGGCGCGCGGCAGCGUGACGGUGCCGCACGAGUCGCAGGGCAAGGGCGCGCACAAGCGCGGCGUGCUCGACUUCACGGCGAUCGCGAACCGGACGCGGGUGGUGUUCGUCAGUAUGGCAUACACCAUGAAGAACGACGGGACGCUCUGUGGGCCCGUCCUCGACGAUGUCUCGCUCGUCGGCUUGCACAGCCAUGCUGCUCGCCGGUUCCUUCUGUAG